AUGAUACGAUUGGGAUUGAUGAAAAGGAUUCAGAUGAUGAAGAUAUUGAAUCAAGUGGUGAAUAUUACCAAAAUAGUAGCACUUCAGUUGUUGCUAAAUUAUCAAAAGUGUCCAAAGGAUACAGAAGCUCCUGCUGGUGGUGUUGAUGAAAUGACAAAACCAUAUUAUUUACAUGAGCCAGGAGUCUUGCAGAACAUAAGAAGCAAAUAUGAACUCAGUGAAAUUGAUACUUACACUGGCAAUAUUCUAACUGCAAUCAAUCUGUUCCAAAAGUUACCUCAUUCGUAUAAUAGUCAUAUGAUGGAUGAAUACAAAGGAGCACCUUUUAGAGAACUGAGUCCCCAUGUUGUUGCAGUUGCUGAUGUCUCUUAUAGGGCUAUUAUCAAUGAGGGAAAGAGCAAUUCCAUUUUGGUGAUUGGGGAAAGUGGAGCAGAGAAGCAUUGCCUAGAUUUUCUACAGAGCAUACUCAGGGAAAAGCCUUGCUCAACAUUAUUGUGCGAAUAUCACUUACAACACUCAUUUCAUAUCCUGGAGAAACUGAUUUACAGAUUUAGGAUUGAUAUUGAAGCUAACAGACAUGAUGAUUGGUUGGAUACAUGAAGAGUUUCAGAGCUUCUUAGGAUAGCUUAAUGAUGAGUUACUUAAACAAGAAGGUGCCCCUUUAUAGUAAUGUAGUAUUAAUUUAUAUAGUUAGGG